GUUCUGCUACCCACUUUAUACCUUAGCUGAGGUCGUCUCACCUAACUUUUUUUUUUUCUCUUCUUAUGUUUGUUCUUUGCACGGAGUUGACAUUAGUACUUUGCAAUAUUCAUGAAUCAUCAUCAUCAUCAUCAUCAUCAUCAUCAUCAUCAUCUGUUCUGAGCUUUAGUUCUUGUAUCUUCAGUACAUCAAACGUACUCAUCACUUCGUUGAUUCACCCUAUGAAUCAAUUAUAAAUUUAAUAAGUUGAUGUUACUGCAAUUAUAAAUAUACAAAUCUGUACAGUAGUGGGAUUCUCUUUUAAUUUCUUUCAUUUUAACAUCAUAAAUAAAUUUCCUUUCUACCUUGUUAAUCAGCUUCAUUACCUGAAUUUUAUGCUUCUUCUUCCUUGGCAGCUAUUUACAACUUUUUCUUUAUUUAACAACUCUUAGGAAUCAAAUCCACUCUAAUCUGAGUUUCUGGGAUGAGAUUUGGGGUUUCAAUAUUUACCUUCGUUUUCAGCUUCUUCGCCUCCCUCCUUUAUGCCUCUGCAAAGUCAACUCAUCCUCUUCAAGUUGCUGCAUUGCAGUCCAUGAAGAGGAGACUGGUUGAUCCUAUGAAACACUUGGAUAACUGGCGAAACGGAGAUCCAUGUGCUUCCAACUGGCAUGGCAUUCUUUGCUACGAUAAAGUUGGCACCGAUGGAUAUUUCCAUGUCCGAGAGAUUCAACUGCUUACUAUGAAUCUGUCUGGAACUUUAGCACCUGAGGUUGGAAACUUAUCUCGUCUUGAGAUACUAGACUUCAUGUGGAACCAACUGACUGGAGGUAUCCCAAAGGAGAUAGGAAACCUUUUAUCACUGAAACUACUGCUUUUGAACGGAAACCAAUUAUCAGGUCCGAUUCCUAAUGAACUUGGCUUUCUGGUAAAUUUGGACAGACUCCAACUAGAUGAGAAUAAUCUGUCCGGUACAUUACCCAAGUCCUUGGCUAAUAUGAGCAAUGUCAAACACUUACAUUUGAACAAUAACUCGUUAAGUGGGCAUCUUCCUCCUGAGUUCUCUCAAUUACCAAAAGUAGUUCACUUGCUGCUGGAUAACAAUAACCUGUCGGGAAAACUUCCUCCCGAGUACUCAGGUUUAAAAUACUUGGAGAUACUCCAACUCGACAACAAUCAGUUUCUUGGGGCUGAGAUUCCAGCAUCGUAUCAAAACCUGUCCAGAUUGGUAAAGUUAAGUCUAAGAAACUGCAGUUUGGGUGGAACUGUGCCUGAUCUUGGCAAAAUGCCAUAUCUUAGUUUCAUAGAUUUGAGUUGGAACAAGUUAACAGGACCAAUUUCACCAAACAAGCUUUCAGAGAAUGUCACUACAAUUGAUUUAUCACAUAAUAAUCUGAAUGGAUCAAUUCCUAAGAGCUUCUCUCUUCUACCAGCUCUCCAAGUGCUAUCGCUUGAAAACAAUUAUCUAAAUGGUUCCAUCCCUGCUGGCAUUUGGCAGAACAAGUCUUUCAAUGGUACUGCUAGAAUCUCCGUUGAUCUUCGAUACAAUUUGCUCUCUGACAUUUCCGGGGAUUUGAAUCCUCCACAGAACGUUACCUUAAGGUUUCGUGGGAAUCCUGUGUGCACCCAUGCCAAUAUACAGAACAUACACCGUUUCUGUGAUUCUGAUGCAGGAGAUAAUGGAACAUCGAAAGGUCCAGCAACUUCUAUAGCUUGUCCUGCCACAACAUGUCCCAUCGACCAACAUUUUGAACCUGUUCCAGAAGCUCCUACAUGUUUUUGUGCUGCUCCUAUCAUGAUAGGAUACAGACUAAAGAGUCCAAGUUUUACUUAUUUCCCACCAUACGAAAGGGCUUUUGAGUCUUACAUUACUCAUACCUUGAAAAUGGACCGAUACCAACUCUUCAUUGAUUCAAUUGCAUGGGAAGAAGGGCCUCGUCUGCGGAUGUAUUUGAAACUUUUCCCGGAUGUUGGCACAAAACACUUAUUCAGUGACAGUGAAGUUCGCUAUAUUAGACAUAAGUACACGACUUGGCAAUUUCCUGGAAGUGAUCUUUUUGGACCGUAUGAGCUUCUGAAUUUCACACUUCUGGGACCUUAUACCACUGUGAAUCUGGGGACUAAAAAUGGCAUAAGCAAGAGUGUUUUGGCAGGCAUUUUGGUUGGAGUGAUUACUGUUGCUGUUAUUGCUUCUGUGCUUGCCACAGUUCUCAUUAUAAGAAGGAAAAACAGAAGCCAGCGUUUUUCGAGAAAGAAUUUGUCCUCAAAGAUCUCCAUAAAAAUUGAUGGUGUGAAAGAAUUCUCUUUCAGAGAAUUGUCACAUGCCACCGGUAAUUUUAACAGCUCAGCUCAAGUUGGUCAAGGAGGAUAUGGAAAGGUUUACAAAGGCAUUUUAGCCAAUGGAACAAUUGUGGCUGUCAAGUGUGCAGAGGAAGGUUCUCUGCAAGGGAAACGUGAAUUUCUGACGGAAAUACAGCUGUUGUCGAGGUUACAUCACCGCAACCUGGUUGCACUACUUGGUUAUUGUGGUGAAGAUGGAGAACAGAUGCUUGUCUAUGAGUUCAUGCCAAAUGGUACUUUAAGGGACUGGAUUUCAGGUAAAAGUGAGAGGAAUCUCAACUUUGUCACGAGGUUGCGGAUUGCAUUAGGUGCAGCCAAGGGCAUUCUUUACCUACAUACAGAGGCAAACCCACCAAUAUUUCACAGGGAUAUUAAAGCCAGCAAUAUACUUCUAGACGCCAAUCUUACAGCCAAAGUUGCUGAUUUUGGACUAUCACAUCUUGCUCCCCUUAUGAAUGACGAAGGCAGCUUACCUCAUCAUAUAUCCACUAUAGUAAAAGGAACACCUGGAUACCUUGAUCCCGAGUAUAUGUUGACCCAUCAGCUAACUGAUAAGAGUGAUGUGUACAGUCUGGGAGUUGUAUUUUUGGAGCUUCUCACAGGUGUACCGCCCAUAUCACAUGGAAAAAAUCUUGUGCGUGAGGUGAAAAAAGCAGAGGAAUCAGGGUCAUUGUUUGGGAUAAUUGACAGCAGAAUGGGGGCUUAUCCAUCAGAAUGUGUAGAGAGAUUCAUAGGUUUGGCAUUGAGGUGUUGUGAGGAUAAGCCGGAGAGGAGACCAUGCAUCUUGGAUGUGGUCAGGGAGCUUGAGAACUUGGUCCUACUGCUUCCUGAGAGUAUGAACCUGUCUGAUACGUCCUCUUUUCAAUCGCGCACUACUUGUACUACUGCCACCACUACCACUACCGCAAGCACUACCACCUCAUUUAUUGUUUACGCACGAAUGCCAUCUGAUGUCUCGGGCAGUGAUUUAACUACUACAGUCAUGCCUGCCGUUCCUCCACGCUAAUAUUGUACUACUGCUUUCAGCUUUGUAUCUUGAUCUUUUAAUCUUUCAUACGGAUGACCUAUUUUCUAAUGGAUGGUGUUGUUGUUGCACUUGAAGUUAGGUCCCAACUCCCAACAAGUUAGAAUUUUAUUUUUAUUAUAUGUUAUUUAUUCAAAUCACGUGUCAACGAAAUAAAUUCAUUAUUUUAGUACAAUUAUUAAGUCCAUUACUUCUCAAUAGGACAAACAAUUUUGACAA